CGGGUGACUGCCGCCCCACGCCGCUUCGGCGUCGCCUCCUCGUAGCGACGUGCCCUUACUGUGCCCGCCCCCCCGGCACGCGCUGAGCCACCACUUCCGCCUUCGCCUGCCACCGAGCAAGAUGGCUGAGGAGCCCGAGUCGGCGCUGCAGCUGCCGGCGCCGGCUGCCGCCGAGGGGGAUGCACCUGCGGAAGCGUCCCCGGACACUGCUACUCCGGAACCGCCUUCUUCCGCUGCGGUCUCCCCCGGAACCGAGGAGCCUGCGGGUGACGCCAAGAAGAAAAUUGACAUCUUGCUGAAGGCUGUAGGAGACACUCCUAUAAUGAAAACAAAGAAGUGGGCUGUGGAGCGAACCCGAACUAUCCAAGGACUCAUUGACUUCAUCAAAAAGUUCCUCAAACUUGUGGCCUCUGAGCAGUUGUUUAUUUAUGUCAAUCAGUCUUUUGCACCUUCCCCAGACCAAGAGGUUGGAACUCUCUAUGAGUGUUUUGGUAGUGAUGGUAAACUGGUAUUACAUUACUGCAAAUCUCAAGCAUGGGGAUGAACUACAGAGGAAAAGGUUCCUGCUUACUUAAAGUGAAACUUCAUAAAGGAAGCUUCUCAGAAAGUUGUAAUAAUUAUGGCAAGAGACUUAGGAAUAUGACCUCCUCAGAAUGUAUCUACAGUGACCCGUAUUUAUGCACUUAAAAAUCCAGAGUGGAUGAACUCACACAAACAUAAUUUGUAGUAAAACAUAAUUAUCAUAAAAGAUUGACAUUAGAGUACACAUUACUACAAUUAUACCUCUAGGAAUUUUUUCAAGGUGUCGGAAAGGAGAAUAAGACUGUAAAACUGCUAUAUGGGCUUGCAAAUAGUGAUUGAAAUUAUUUACUUGUAGACUUAGCACUCUACCUUUUUCUGUUGUAAAAGUCGAUUUGUAAGAGAUUAUUUUGUGUUUGUUCAGUCCAGUUUGUGUGAGAUACUCCUAUGCCUUUUUGUGUUUACAUUUAUAUCUGCAAUGUUAAUGAAAAUCUCCUUAAUCUGCUGGCUGCAUACCUCACAUGAAUCCAGCAGAGGGCAGCCCAGUUAGCAGAAUUAAGACAUUUGGUUUUUACAUCUUUGGCAGAAGAUAAUGAAGGGGGAAAAGUUGUUCUUGUUCAUUUCAAGUAACAUCUAACCAAGAGAACCAGCUUGUUGACACACUGGAAGGUUACUUUAGUGAUUAUACAUGGCUUAAAUUAGUUAUUUUGUUGGAAAACAUAUAAUUUUAUAAAUCCGGACUAAAAUACAACACUUUUCAGUUCUGUCAAUGAUUCUUGAGUAUCUUGGAUAUAUCUGUAGUAUUGUUUCAUUUUACACUGUUACAGCGCUCAAUAAACCUGACAAAACUUUAAAGUUUUUUGUUGCAUUUUCCCUUUGAAAAUGUUCAACAGAAUAAUUGGAAAAGCAAUUUUAGAUCUAUUUUUGUCUAUUUUGUCCCAUUCUAUAAGUACUAUUUUUAUUGCUAUUAGAUUAAUACAAGUAAUGCUUCAGGUGAGACAUUUAAGAUUGGAGUUACUUUCUGUAUUAUAUAUCAAAUAAGUUUUUUAAAGUCAACAAAUUGAAUGGUCUGUCCAAGCAAGAUCUAAGAUAUAUAUGAGAAUUUUAAGGGUUUAUUUUCAAUGGUAUUAGGAACAAUAUGAUUUUGUCAAGGUGCUUGAAGUAUAGGUCCCUUUAUAUCUUUCGGUCCCAUAAUGUGCACUAUUGUUAAUCUGACAAGUGUUAGCAUUAGAAGUUGCUAUGGAACAGUUCAGUUUACAAUGAUAACGUUACUGUUUCAUUUUCUGUUCAAUAAAGAAUUAUGACAUCCCUUUAAAGUGGUAUCUCUGUGGAAUAAAUUAUUAGAGUUAAUAGCUUGCACUGAAAUAAUACAGGUUAAAUUGUAAAAUUGUAUCUUCUAGGAUUAAGAAAUAUAUGUCUUGAAAGCUGGAAAAAAAUUUUGACAAAUAGGUUGAAAAUGGAAAAGAUCUAUUGUCUAUAGUUUAUUAAAGUAUGUUAAAAUAUUUAUCUGCAUAUAUCUUUUGAAAAAUAUAUGUUUGCAAGUAAGAUUUGUAAUUGCAAAAUAUUUAUUACUUCUGCAGUCAAAACUACUUGAGUUUGAAUUUAUGACUUCAGUUUUUUCUGUUUUUAUCUAAACUUAUAGUUGAUUAAAUUUAAAGAUAAUA